GUGGCAAGCUGAGAGCCAAGUACAAUAUGGUCCAUGCCACGCGACAUAGGCGUUUUCUUUUUGAGCAGGACCCAGAUUGAGAUAUCCGACUUUGCAAGAUGGUGCCUCCGCUAAUCGCCCUGGAGGAGCACUUCCUCUCGACUGCUGUUCUCGAUGCGUUUGACGAUCAGUAUUCGGAGCAGUUCAAGGCCAUACCUGGAGUCAAGGAGAAGCUCACCGACAUCGAUGGCCUUCGGCUGGAUGAGAUGGAAAAAGGUGGCAUCACAUUUCAGGUCAUCUCACAUGCCUGCGCUCCUGGAGGCCCCAGUCCGGAGAUGUGCAGGGAAGGCAACGAUCAGCUGGCAGGCGCAGUGAGAAAACAUCCAAACCGGUUCGCGGGCUUUGCAGUACUGCCCGUGGGCAACCCAGAGGAGUCAGCAGUUGAGCUCGAGCGAUGUGUCAAGGACCUGGGCUUUCCUGGCGCCAUGAUUGACAAUCAUGUGAAUGGAAAGUACUUUGACGGCGACGAGUACGAUGUGAUGUGGCAAAAGGCAGAGGAGCUGGACGUGGCCAUCUAUCUGCAUCCUACGUGGCCUGCCGACAACAUGAUGCAUUCGUACACCGGAAACUUCUCAGAGGGCGCAAGCCGGAGUAUGGGCGCAUCUGGAUGGGGUUGGCACUCGGAAACGGGGCUGCACAUUCUCAGACUGUACGCUGCUGGGCUCUUCGACAAGUUUCCCAGACUCAAGAUCAUUAUUGGGCAUUUCGGUGAAAUGCUUCCGUUCAUGCUGCAACGUGUGUCGAAUCUCAGCAGCCGGUGGGGUGACCAGAAGCGGAAGCUGCUCCAGGUUUGGGACGAGAACAUCUGGAUCACGACAUCUGGAGUCUGGAGUCUAGAUCCGCUGAAGUGCAUCCUCGGAAAUACGAGAAUUGACCACGUCCUAUUCAGCGUGGACUAUCCGUUUGAGAAGAAUGAGAAUGGCCGCAAAUGGAUGCAGGAGCUGGAACAGAGUGGUUUGGUGAAUGGAGAGGAGCUCGAAAUGAUCGCCUACAAGAACUCUGCCAAACUGCUGAAGAUCGAGCUGCCGCAGGCGACCAAUGGGGCCAACGGCACGAACGGCAUCAAUGGGAUGAACGGCCACUGAUUGCACGGCGGGUUCCGCGAUGCUUCGCGCGUGCCGUCUUACCAGCGCGGCGCGGUGUGACGGACAGAGUCGGAUGCAUGGUGGCGAGGGGUACAGCAGAAUUUCAGCACACAAAGACUGUGGUAAUAGCAUCUGAUAUAGAUUGACGAUGAGACGAGUGACGAGUAAUGAAUAAUAUGAGGUUCUUGUUGGAUUCUUUGGCAACGAGACAGCUUGCAAAGAUAUAUGCC